AUGAUAACAGGUAUUCUCGGCGCGGGAAGAGGAAUCGACGAAGGCCUGGUCGGUGGCAUGAUCUCACUCAAAAGUUUUAAGGAUGAAUUCCCGUUAGAAGUCGGUUCCGCUGCAGAGAUCGCCAAUCGUGAAUCGAACAUCACGAGUAUGGUUCAACUAGGCUCUAUAGGCGGCGCUCUGCUGGCCUUCAUCCUGUGUGAUCGAAUUGGGCGCGUCAGAUCUUUGCAAGCUCUCACUCUUCUCUGGGCUAUCGGUUUUGUCAUUGUUAUCACCAGCUUUGGCAACAUUGGACAAAUUCUCGCCGGCCGUCUGAUUGCUGGACUGGGCGUUGGUAUGACUACUGUAGUUGGCCCAACAUAUCUAGCUGAGGUCGCUCCAAAGGAAAUUCGUGGCAUGCUCACCAAUAUCUUUGCUGGUGCUGUAUAUCUUGGUGUCAUGAUCGCGUACUUUGCGAAUUGGGGUUGUUCAGAAAACAUAUCAGACUCUUCGCGUUCUCAGUGGGUAAUCCCGCAAUCAAUCCACAUAAUGUUCGCAGGGGUAAUAUUUUUUGCGUCUUGGACCGUUCCCGAGAGUCCACGCUUUCUCGUAAUGAGUGGAAAGCAAGAAGAAGCUCUCAAUAACCUUUGCACCCUUCGCCAACUACCAAGUGAUCAUCCAAGUAUCAUGUCUGAGAUUCUUGACAUUCGCGAUCAGCUCGAACACGAGCAAGAAAGUACCCGUGGCUCAUCAUUCUGGGGGAAGCUCAAGGAGCUUAUCACAAUCCCAGCGAAUCGUUAUCGUUUGAUGCUCGGUGUUAUGUCACAACUCCUGGGCCAAUGGUCCGGCGCGUCAGCAAUUACUAUUUAUGCCGCCAGCUUCUUUGCUGCUCUUGGCAAAACCGGUCAAAGCGAAAAGCUAUUUGCUACAUGCAUUCUCGGAAUCGUCAAAUUUUGCUCCGCGUAUAUUUGCGCAUUCUUCCUCAUUGACUUCCUCGGCCGGCGUCGCUCCCUGUACACAGGAAUCACCUUACAAACUCUUGCAAUAUGCUAUAUUGCAAUCUACAUGGCCAAAGUCCCAGCCUCAGCCCACGUCUCAGAGACUAGCGAAAUUACAGGGUCUGCUAAGCGUGCGGGCAUCGGGGCUAUUGCGGCAAUCUAUAUUUCCGGCUUAGGUUGGGCAAUUGGCUGGAACUCGUUUCAAUAUCUGGUCAACGCAGAAAUUUACCCUAGUCGCCUGCGCGCAAUAGGCUCAUCUAUUGUCAUGUGCAUCCAUUUCGCUAAUCAAUUUGGUAACACCAAGGCUGUGCCGAGUAUGGUCCUUGCUAUGGGAAAUUACGGCUUCUUCGUGUUCUGUACAGCAAUUUGCGUGCUGGGUCUCUUGUGGGUUUGGUUCUUUGUUCCAGAGACUGCAGGCCGGAGUCUUGAGUCUAUGGAGUCCUUAUUCUCCCUGCCUUGGCAUCAAAUUGGUCGCCAUGGUAAAUACCUUUCACCGGACGGUGUUGGAUACUUUGGCAACGAUCAAGAGAAAGCGAAUGCGGUUCAUCGAGAAUGA